CAGAUAAUCCGCGACAUCGAAGAUUGCUCACAGAGCCCCGAGGAAGUUUUGCCGUUGCUGAACCAGUUGAGGAGCGUGAAGAUGACGGUGGAUAUCCUACGAAGGACGAAGAUUGGCGUCUUUACUCAGAAGUACAAGUCUCAUAAAGACGAGGGGGUCCAGACUACAGUCCGCGACCUUCGCCAGCAAUGGAAAGAUCUGAUCCAAGUAAUGUCCAAAGCCAAAGAAGGCAGUCACCACCAGGUAGCUAUAUCGCCGCAAACCUCGGAUCAAGUUACAUCUUUGGGUUCGGGCUCUUCCAGUGGUGAAAUGUUUUUCGCGUCUGCUUCCGCUUCCAGCAACAGCAGCAACAUGAGUUUCUUGCAGAAACAGGCGCGAAGGCGCAGGGAGACGAGUACAGGGGGAGUGCGGGACAGCAUCGAAGAUCAACUGUCGAUGGCGAACGCAUCUGCGGCAAGCAGACGGCGCGGCGCGUCGACCUCGGGCUCCCCAGAGCCGUGCAGUGCACGCGGGGCGUCGGUGGGCGGGCGUGGUAAACGCGCUGGCCAGCAUCGCAGAGUUCGCGAAGCCUUCCGGGACUGCAGUUCCCAAUUAGAGCCGGGGGCGCUAAAACGUGGCCCAGGCGGCA